AUGGUAGCCUACGGCUAUGCAGCUGGUUGGAAGAGUUCCGGCUGGUUGGAUUUAGGUCGCAUGGUGAGGGACGAGGUUUUCGUUUGCAACAAGAGCCCCCGUUUCCUUCGGGAGGGUGUGUCGGGUGCCAUGGCUACCAUGACCGGCCUUCCCUGGCCGGACAUCUGCACCCCGGCGCUGCUGCAGGCUCUGGGCUGGCGGGGCUUGGGCCCAUUGCGAACGCUGUGCCGCUCCAGCCGUGCGCAAGCUGAGGCGCACGCUGAGGAGACGGUGCCGAGCAGGGACGCGGAGGUGCGCGGCAUCUUCCGUGCCGUGGCCGGCGCGGCCCAAACUGCCGCCGGCUCGGAGCCUGCGGAGCAACUGCGCGCGGCGAAGACGAUGCGGCAGAGCGCCCAGCGCGUCCUGAAAAUCCUCCAGGUCGUUUGGACGCCAGAAGCUGGGAACUUCGAGGUGGGGGACAUCUAUGCGCUGGAUCCAUGGCAGGUUUUCGGGGCCAUGGCGCGGGAGCUGCAACAACAUGCCGGGCCACCUGUGCUGCCUUGCCCCGCUGAGCACAUCCUCGCGGCUCGCAGGGCGCUGCAAGCCGCCCGCAGGGUGGAGGAGUUUUUCUACUCGGAGGAUGAGGAUUCCUUUGCAGUGGUGUCCAGGGCCACGGGGACGCGCCCUUUCUUCGUCCCAGAGGAAGAAGGCGAAGUGCCGGCUCGUCAGGCCGAGCCCGGCCUGGGCCUGGAGGUCCGCGGCCUGUUCGAUGAGCUGGCGAACGCGGCCCAGCAAGCCGCCGAGUGGCCCGCGGCUGCGUGGCAGCCAGCGGGGCUGCGCCGCGUGGCGCAGGCCAUCCGAGGGCCCGCGGCACGCGUCCUGGAGAUCCUCCGAGUGGAGCCGGGCGGCGACGUGGACGUCGCGGACCUCAACGGACUGGGCCCCGGGCAGCUGCUGGAGGCGCUGUCGCCGGAGCUGCAGCGGCACGCCACGGCGCCCGCAGGUGGCAGCAGACCCGCUGCCGAGGCUCGGCGGGCCUGGGCCCUCACUGCCGGCAGAGUGCUCGACGUCUCCCGGCGGCUGGAGGAGGCGGGCCAGCUGGAGCCUCAGGCGGAGGCGAGUGAGGCAUCCGCAGAUGAGCAAUCGGAUGUUGCCACGCAGCCCACGCUGGAGUCGGGGACGACGCUGGAUGCGGCCGCCACUUCCGGCUGGCUGGUGCCUAGCUCGAGCGGCGGGCCCGAGAUCCUUGGCCGCGUGGACGAGGAGCCGGAGCUGGGCGGAGAGGAGGCUCUCGUUGCGGCAUCUCAGCGCAUUGUGCUGCAACGGCAACUCCUGCGUGCCAAAAUCAGAACAUGUCCGGAAGGGCAUGAGCUUCGGGAGGAUGACGGUGACAGAGCAAUGUGCAGCCUGUGCAGGAGAGAUAAUCAGGGGGUGAUCCUGUGCUGCGGCCGGUGCGAUUGGGAUAUAUGCCAAGAGUGCACUGGUCUCGAUGGCCUUCCCCAUGCUCACGAGGCAGAUGAAGAUGUGGUGCAAAGGGCUGUUGUGUCUACGGUACUGGCGCAAAGUCAAAGGCUGCGGCAGAAGCGUGAUCACUGCGGAGCUGCAGUGCUCUUGCAGGCAGCCACUAGAAGACUGGAGGACGAGGCACUGAAGAUGAAAGAGUCCGCUGACCCUGACCAUGAGAAAGCAGCCGGCACCUUGCAUGAGCUGGGCAGGUUGCUGAGGCAGAACGGAGACCUGAACCAGGCCGAGCACCACCUGACGGAGGCACUGAGGAUGAAGAUAUUGUUCUAUGGUGGCGCUGACCAUGAGUCAGUCGCAGUCACUUUGCAUGAGCUGGGCAUGUUGCAGAAGCAGAAAGGAGACUUGGAGCAAGCCGAGGAGCAGUUGAAGGAGGAGCUAAGGAUGGAAAAGUCCAUCUAUGAUGGUGCCGACCAUGUGAGCGUUGCAGGCACUUUGCAUGCGCUGGGCAUGUUGCUGAAGCAGAAAGGCGACCUGGAGCAAGCCGAGGAGUACUUAAAGGAGGAGCUGAGGAUGGAAAGGUCCAUCUAUGAUGGUGCCGACCAUGUCAGCAUUGCAGUCACUUUGCACGAGCUGGGCAUGUUGCUGAAGGAGAAAGGAGACUCGCAGCAAGCCGAGGAGCACCUGAAGGAGGCAGUGAGGAUGAAGGAGUCUGUCUAUGGUGGUGCCAAGAACGAGAACGUUGCAGUCACUUUGCAUGAGCUGGGCAUGGUGCUGAAGGAGGAAGGAGACCUGGACAAAACCGAGGAGUAUCUGAAGGAAGUACUGAGGAAGAAGAUGUCCGAGUAUGGUGAUUCCGACCAAGAAUUGUUCGAUUUGAUCAGAUUGCUGCACCAGAAGAGAGACCUGAAGCAGGCAUUGAGGAUCACAAGGUGUAUCUGUGAUGGUGUCUUCCAUGAGGACUUUGCGGUCGCUUUGAGUGAGCUGAGUGGGCUGGGCCAGGAAGGUCAGGAGCUUAUCCAGAAGUUAUUGAGUGCAUUCCACAAUCUCAGUGAGCUAGCCCCAAAGAUGAGGAGGCGUUUCUGCUCUUUCACGAAGCCUGGCAACGAUCACAAGAUUAAGAUGAAAUUUAGCAAGACAUGGCCGUUCUCUGAAACGGCGUGA